GGCUUGAGGAAGUGACUUCAGCCGGCGGCGCUUGCAAGCGUGGAGAAGGGAAAAACUCCGGCGCGCGGCUCGCCGACGUUCCUGCCUGAAGGCGCUGCUGGAAGCUGUUGCGCUGGUCAUGGCAGUGGCGGCGGCUGCUAGUGGUACCUUCAGGGUCCUUCUCAGAGCAGCAGGGAAAGACAAUGCGGGCAGGACGGCUGCGGCUGCGGCUGCUGCACCUUUUCCUGACCUCUCUGCCGGGCUUUCUCUUGGCUGCGGCGGCGGCGGCGGCAUAAAAGCGAAGCCUUACUGCACGCUGUCUCCGCAGCAGCAACAGCAGCCCUCUGCUCCGUCUCCGGAUAUGAAAAGUUACCUGUGGAAAAGCUACAACGAGGCCAAAAGAGUCACCAAAGACUUAGUCCCAUCAAUCAUGAGUAAUUUGUUGAAUCCAGAUGCUAUCUUUUCCAACAAUGAAAUGAGUCUCUCGGAUAUAGAAAUCUACGGUUUUGAUUAUGACUACACUUUGGUCUUCUAUUCCAAGCAUUUGCAUACGUUGAUUUUUAAUGCUGCACGGGACCUUUUGAUCAAUGAACAUCGGUAUCCUGCAGAAAUCCGAAAGUAUGACUAUGAUCCGAAUUUUGCAAUAAGAGGGCUUCAUUAUGAUGUGCAUCGGGCAUUAUUAAUGAAGAUUGAUGCUUUUCACUACAUUCAACUGGGAACUGUGUACAGAGGAUUGAAUGUUGUGCCAGAUGAAGAAGUAAUUGCUAUGUAUGAUGGUUCCCAUGUGCCCUUGGAACAAAUGAGCGACUUCUAUGGAAAGAGUUCACAAGGCCACACAAUGAAACAGUUCAUGGACAUCUUUUCCUUGCCUGAGAUGACUCUCCUGUCUUGUGUGAAUGAGUAUUUUCUGAAGAACAAUAUUGACUAUGAGCCGGUUCAUCUCUACAAAGAUGUGAAGGAUUCAAUCAGAGAUGUCCAUAUCAAAGGGAUAAUGUACCGUGCGAUUGAAGCAGAUAUUGAGAAAUACAUUUGUUAUGCUGAGCAGACACGUGCUGUGUUAGCAAAGCUGGCAGCUCAUGGAAAGAAGAUGUUCCUGAUCACAAAUAGUCCUAGCAGCUUUGUGGACAGAGGCAUGAAGUUCAUAGUUGGAAAAGAUUGGAGAGAUCUCUUUGAUGUAGUCAUUGUUCAGGCAGAGAAGCCAAAUUUUUUCAAUGAUAAGAGAAGACCUUUCCGCAAAGUGACUGAAAGGGGUGUUUUGCUUUGGGACAAAAUUCAUGAAUUGCAGAAAGGCCAGAUUUACAAGCAGGGUAACUUGUAUGAAUUUCUGAAACUGACUGGUUGGCGAGGUUCCAAAGUCUUAUAUUUUGGUGAUCAUAUUUACAGUGAUCUAGCUGAUUUGACCUUAAAACACGGCUGGCGUACAGGGGCAAUUAUUCCAGAAUUACGAAGAGAGAUUAAGAUCAUGAAUACAGAGCAAUAUAUUCAAACUAUGACUUGGCUGCAAACUCUCACUGGAUUACUGGAACACAUGCAGAUUCACAAGAAUUCUGAUUGCCAAAUGAUAUUAAAUGAAUGGAAAAGGGAAAGAAAGGAAAUGCGAGAAACGACCAGGGAUUUCUUCAACUCUCAAUUUGGAAGCUUAUUCAGGACUGACCAAAACCCCACCUAUUUCUUAAGGCGCUUGUCUCGCUUUGCUGAUAUCUACAUGGCAUCUUUGAGUUGCCUGUUGAACUAUGACCACGAUUACACGUUCUAUCCACGAAGGACUCCUUUGCAGCACGAACUCCCAGUGUGGUCUGACCAGUUGUGCACGGGUACAUUCAGAAUACCAUUUCUUCAGGAGAUGAUUCAGAUCAAAUAACCUCCCCGCCCCCCAGGUUUUGUUUUGUUUUUUUGUAAUGUAAUGGUUACCAUAUUACUAGGCAGUGGCUUUUUAAAGAAUAUUUAUUGUAAGAGCAACUUUCUCUAUAGUAAUUGGUUCUUGCUGUACAUGCUAUGGAGCAAAUGUGUCUAUUCAGCUGCACUCUUAUUUUUUUUCUAGUGAGAAUUGAUAAAUUGAUAAAAACUAUGGUUGCACUAAGAACCGAUUCUUUCCUCCAGUUGAAUAUUUACUGGAAUGGAAAAUUAUUUGCACAUAUAUUUACAUAUAGCCCGUAAUAUUUGUCUUAUAUACUUUAACCCAGGGGUGUCAAACUCACGUUGUCAUGGUGGCGUCAUGUGAUAUAUCGGGACUUUUUCCCCCCCCUCGCUAAACUGGACGUGGGCGUGGCCGGUGCGUGACGCAUCCAGCCCUUGGGCCGCGAGUUUGACAGCCCUGCUCUAACCAAAGGUCAUUACUUGAAAUUUGGGGUUGAUUUAAAUAUUUAGUCAGAUAAAAGCACAGCUACUAUUAUGCUUUAUAAGGAAUGUAAAAUUUCAUUAAGGUUUCAAAUCCAUGCAGGGCUGGGUAACUGUUUUUUUUUAAAAUCAGAAUAUUAGAAAACAAUUUUUAGUCGAUGAGAGAUUUAAGUCCAAAGAGCACUCAGCCAUUUUUUUUCCACAGACUUGUAUUUUCCUUAAACAGCCAGGAAAAGCUAUAAGUAGAGCACAAUAUUGCACUGUUUGCAUUAAACCAAUCAAAGCUUUCAUUACAGAAAUUUCCAGCCAAUGAAAAUUGACAGGACAGUUAGUAAAAGUGGCAGUAGAAACACAACAAUAGCACCACAAAUGUAGAAACUGAACAAUAAAUCUACUAAAGUGUGUUCAGUGUGAACAUUUUUAUAAUUUAACAGCUCUGUAUGAAGAAUUAAUGGUAGAUAUAGAGUAAAGCCUUAUAGCACUGGGCACUUUAGUAGAAUGUCAUCAUGUACUUAAGAACUAUAUUUUAUAUAUUGAGGCUGCAGUCCUGUGCUUACUUUCCUGGGAUUAACUUUCAUUGAACAUGAUAAUAAUUUAAUAAUGUAUAAUAGUAUUAUUGGCCUGUCUUCAUGAUAAAAGUGAAACAGUAAAAAAGGUGGAGAUUUUGUCUCUCUUUUUAAAAUUCUUAUUUUAAAUCAUGUAGGCUAAAUGUUUGAGGAUUUAAGCCAGUUCUCACCGUGCUAAUGUAAAAGCCAGUUCCCACAGCUCUUAACAGGACUAAAGCUCGUAUUUAUUUUAUUCACUUCUUGAGUUCAGCAGGAAAACAAAUUAUGUAUUUAGUUGAAAUCAUAAAUACUAACACUAUUUCUAGGCUGAUAAUAAAACAGUAAUAUAGCAAGAGCUUUGAACUAACAGUCUCCUUCCUAGUAAGCUAUUUCAACUAAUGUAACAAAACAACUUUUUCUAUAACCUAUUAGCCCAUAAAAAAGCUACAUGGUAGUUGAUAAAUAAUAUACCAGUUUAAAUCCAAUUGUUACUGAUUACUCAAGAAAUUAUUCAAGCUUACAGCUCUUUAAUUUGCAAUUCUGGUUGUUUCUAAGUGAGCCAGAAAUUUCUAAAAUGCUUAAAGCAGUAGAGUGCAAUUUUCACGGACAUUGCAGCCCAUCUAUUUUGAAAAUCUCGAAACAUUCCUUUAAAAAUAUAUAUUAAAACUUCAUGUAUUUUAUGAAAAUAUUCAGAAUAUAACCAGAAUUUAUUCUGCAUUUGUUUUAGGAAAUAAUUUGACUCCCCAAACACUGUUUACAUAAAUAUUGUGUGUUUCAGGUUUGUAAAAGCAUUUUUAUGUAGAAAUUUGCAACUACAUAUACUUUUAAUUUUUUUUGUUGUGUAAUCUAAGAGCAGUAGCUCUUAAAUUAUUCCAUUCUGGUUCCAAGUACAUAUCUUGAAACAGAUUCAUAUGAAUGUAUUUCCU